UAGGCCAGAUCCGAUCCAGUAGAAGAAAUUGAUUAAGGAUCGAUCGAUAUGGUCAUGGAGAUCAAGAAGAAGCAAGCUGCCGCUAACCAUGGUGGCAGCAGGUUUGUUGGUUGUAAUCUGGUGGUGGUGGUGGUAAUGGUGGUGGCGUGCAGCGGCGGCGGUGCAGGAGCGCAGCCGUCGCCGGGAUACUACCCGAGCAGGGCGACGAGGUCCAUGGAGUUCGGCGAAGGGUACAGCAACCUGUGGGGCGCGCAGCACCAGACGCUGUCGCCGGACCACAGGGCGCUCACCGUCUGGAUGGACCGGAGCUCCGGCAGCGGCUUCAAGUCCAAGCGCUCCUACCGCAAUGGCUACUUCGGCGCCUCCAUCAAGGUCCCCUCCGGCUACACCGCCGGCGUCAACACCGCCUUCUACCUGUCGAACAACGAGCUGUACCCGGGGCAGCACGACGAGAUCGACGUGGAGCUGCUGGGGACGGUGCCGGGGGAGCCAUGGACGCUGCAGACGAACGUGUACGUGCACGGCACCGGCGACGGCACCAUCAUCGGGAGGGAGAUGCGGUUCCACCUGUGGUUCGACCCCACCGCUGACUUCCACCACUACGCCAUCCUCUGGAACCCCGACCAGAUCGUCUUCCUCGUCGACGACGUGCCCGUCCGCCGCUACCCGCGCGCCGCCGGCGCCGGCGGGCUCACCUACCCGGACCGCCAGAUGUGGGUCUACGGCUCCAUCUGGGACGCCUCCGACUGGGCCACCGACGGCGGCCGCUUCAAGUCCGACUACCGCUACCAGCCAUUCGUCUCCAGCUACCGGGACCUCAAGAUCGCCGGCUGCGAGGCCGACGCGCCGGCGACCUGCCGCCCCGUGCCGGCCUCGCCGUCGGGCGCCACCGGGCUCAGCGCCCAGCAGAACGCCGCCAUGAGCUGGGCGCAGAAGAGGUCCAUGGUCUACUACUACUGCCAGGACUACUCGAGGAAUCACGCCAACUACCCAGAGUGCUAGCCAGUGUGGUUGAUGCAUGCCCC